AUGCGCAAGAACUCGAUAGACGUUGAAAAACAACACUCCCGCAGAAACCAUCACUAUCGGGACAUCAGUAAGGGAUCUUGGGUGUCAGAAAGCGACGACGAUUCGACAGCUCCUCCUUCCCCUGCGGCGGCGCCCUCCUAUCCGAUGUUGAAUACGGCCGCCACGACGCGGCGUGCGCGAACUACAAUCGGCUUCUAUCGUGUCCCGCCAAGAAUUAUGAGAUGGCUCUGCUUUGCGUUGUUCGUUUCACUCAUACUCUUUAUUCUUACACUUUUCCGUUUCACUAUCUUCUCGGAAAGCUCGCUACCGACUCUCAAUGCACCUCCGAAGCCGCCGACAUGGGAAAGCUUUCCUUUCCUAAAACGAUACCAUGGUGGAAUAAGGACACUCGUACCGCGCGGCGAGAACGUCCCAGAGUACCCUACCGAUGAACCUGAAGGCCUGACCUCGGAUAAAGCUGCCAGUGCGAACACAGCCGACCUCGAGACGCGCGAUGAGACCACCGACAAGACCGACACCGCGGAGAAGGGCUUGCCUUUCCAAAGCUCAGAGUUCAAUCCCUAUCCUGACUACACGUCACCAAAAUACAUCGAGAAAUAUGGGGUCAAGCGAGAGUGCUUCUUGGAUAAGGAUGAGACAAUUCGAGUCCCGCUGGUUCAUUCCUACCCUGGAGUUCCCCGUGGCUUCCCCGAUGCCGUGAUGGGCUCCAACGAAAUGUUGGGAAUCAAAGACGACACUUGCUUCGACCGUUUUGGACGUUUGGGACCAUACGGCUUUGGUUACUCUGCAAGGAAAGGAGGCUCAGGUGCAGGCCUCGAUGGCGAGAGAGAAGGCUCUGAGCGCAUCUGGGAUGAUAUCCCGCCGGUGGACUUUGGCCGAGUAAAAUGGGGAGAUGCACAAAAUCGAUGUGUGUCUACAAACAACCAUCGAUUUAAAGAUAUACCUCCGCUGAAACGCCCCAACAACCUGUUCUCCAGGGCUGCUGAUGACGUCAAGCCUGAAGAGGAAGCAACUGAAAUGCCUAAGGGACCAACUGAAACGCCAGAGGAACAGAAAGAGACCACUGAAAAGACCCAAAACCGACUCCCGCGAACAGCGGUUGUAAUCAGAACGUGGCAUGAUUACAGAUAUACGACGGAGGAUAUCUUAUACUUGCGUGCUCUGAUCUCCGAGCUGUCUCUUCUCUCUGGUGGGGAAUAUGUCAUCCAUUUCUUGAUACAUGUCAAGGAUACAAACCUACCAAUCUGGGCCGAUGAUGAAACCUACGACCGUGUGCUGAGGGACUCCUUGCCGGAAGAAUUCCACGGAAUGGGCACCCUGUGGUCGGAAGCGCAAAUGGCUCUUGUUUACCCGGGAUUGGAUGAUCCUCCUGGGGUUCGUGGCGGGGGUGUUUAUGGAGUCUACCGCAGUACUUUUAUGUGCAUGCAGCAUUUUUCACACCUAUAUCCCGAAUAUGACUAUUACUGGAAUUGGGAAAUGGAUGCAAGAUACACUGGCCACUGGUAUCACUUUUUCGACAAGGUCGUCAACUGGGCGCGCGAGCAACCAAGAAGGGGCCUGUGGGAGAGAAACGCUCGAUUCUAUGUCCCCUCUGUUCAUGGGUCUUGGGAAGAUUUCAAACAGAUGGUUCGCGUGCAAACAGAGGUUGGCACAAAUAGUCCAAACAACAUGUGGAGCGCAGGAGCGAGCCAUGACUUUAUUCAUGGCGACAAGACUGCACCGCAACGCCAAGGCGACAAAUUUGUUUGGGGGCCGCAGCGGCCAGAUGAGCAGGACGUAAUGGAGGUUGAGGGCGAGGGUAUCCCGAAAACGACAAUGGAGAAAGAUAAAUAUGAAUGGGGGGUCGGCGAGGAGGCAGACUUGCUGUUAUUCAACCCUCUCUUCGACCCUGAGGGGACGACCUGGGGUCUGAGGGAAGAUCUUACUGGGUACCAUAGGGAGAAUGGCCUACCGCCCCGGCGCAUUGCUAUUAUCACUGCUUCGCGGCUCUCACGAAAGCUCCUGCAGACUAUGCACAAAGAGACGGCCCUCAGGCGGCAUAGCAUGUUUUCCGAAAUGUGGCCCGCAACUACCGCUCUUCACCACGGAUUCAAAGCAGUUUAUGUACCUCACUCUGUUUAUAUCGACCGUCGAUGGCCCACCGACUAUCUCGAGUCAGUAUUCAACGCCGGGCGAAACGGUGCCUCCGGAGGAGCGCGCCACUCUAUCUUUGGUGACCGUGAACACAACUUCCGUGGCACAACCUGGUUUUACUCUGCUGGCUUCUCGCCUAAUCUCUGGAGACGAUGGCUCGGCUACAAAGUCGAUGGUGAUGGCGGUGAAGAAGAGGAGCUUAACGGCGAAGGACGACUUUGCCUACCGCCAAUGCUCCUUCACCCUGUUAAAGAUGUGAACAUGAUCAUUGACGAGUCGUGA